AAAAAGAAGAUGACAUGCAGCGGCUUUCGGCCUCUUUCUCUCUCAAUUCUCAUCCUCAACUGCAUCGCCUCCUCAUCUCUCAUAGCCCAUAGAACUCCACACUCAACUAUUUCCUUCGCUUUUCUCUCUUAUUAUAACUAUUAUUUAGUAUUUAUAUAAUUCCUCCCUUUUCUUUCUCUCUCACAUUAGAACAACUCCUCCACUCCUCGAAUCUCCCUUUCAUUACUGCUUCGGGUCCUCAAAAUAAAAAAUUAAACAAAAUCGAAUUCCCACAACAAAAAGAGGGAGGACCCAUUUAAUACAACAAAAAAAAAUUAUAUAUAUAUUUUUUUGUUUUUGCAUAUUAUGUAGAGAGGAGAGAAGGAAUAGGAAUAAGCAAGGCUUUCAACUCUCAACCCCAAGAAGUUUCUGUCUUUUUUGCUCACAGGCUUCAAAAAGUUGGGGUUUUGAUGGUAAUGUGGGUGUUGUGUUGAGUGCUCUCCUAUUAUUCAGCUGUUUUAGCCAUGGAUUCCUGUUUUGAGGGAGUUGCACUUGAUCCAUCAAAAUGUAGUAAAUUAAGUAUGGACGAAAAGAGAGAACUUGUUUAUGAAUUAUCAAAGAGGACACAUAGGGCCUCUGAAAUGCUACAAUCUUGGAGCCGUCAGGAGAUUUUACAGAUCCUAUGUGCAGAGAUGGGGAAGGAAAGGAAAUAUACUGGCUUGACUAAGCUGAAAAUUAUAGAAAACCUUUUGAAAAUUGUAGCUGAAAAGAAUUCUGGUGAACAUGAGGGUGUAACAGAUCCGGAAUCCCAACCUUCCCCAACAAAUGGCCAGAGAACAUCCAAAAGGCAGAGGAAAACUGAUAAUCCUUCCCGACUGCCUGUACCUGUGAAUGAUCUGGCAAUCACUACUGGUGGCAAUGACAUGAGUAAUGCUAUUUUUUGCAAAAACUCAGCUUGCAAAGCUACCUUGAGGCAAGAAGAUGCAUUUUGCAAGAGGUGUUCCUGCUGCAUCUGUUAUAAGUUUGAUGACAACAAGGAUCCUAGCCUGUGGUUAAUCUGUAGCUCAGAGCCUCCUUUCCUGGGCAAUUCUUGUGGCAUGUCAUGUCAUCUUGAAUGUGCUUUAAAACAUGAGAAGUCUGGUAUUGGAAAAGAUAGACGACAUGCUGGACUUGAUGGGAGCUUUUAUUGUGUAGCAUGUGGGAAAGUAAAUGAUUUGCUCGGGUGCUGGAGAAAACAACUGAUGGCUGCAAAAGAUACGAGGAGGGUGGACAUACUUUGUUAUCGUGUCUCUCUAGGCCAAAAACUUCUUAAUGGGACUGAAAAAUACCGAAAGCUUUCUGAGAUUGUUGAUGAAGCUGUUAAGAAGCUUGAAGCUGAAGUAGGUCCAUUAACUGGUUUGCCUGUGAAGAUGGGUAGGGGUAUUGUCAACAGGCUUUCUUCAGGGCCAGAAGUUCAGAAACUCUGUUCUUCUGCUGUGGAGUCACUAGAUAAAAUCCUUUUUGAUACAAUCUCACAUUCUUCACCAAAUCAUUCAGUAGCAGCUGGUUCAAGUUCAAUUCCUCCAGCAAUAGUACGCUUUGAAGAUGUUCGUCCAACUUCCCUUGUUGUGAUUGUGGGUUCUGAAGAACCUUUACCAGGCAGUAGUAUUGGUUACACCUUAUGGCAUCGCAAGGUUCAUGAUAGGGAUUACCCUAUUAAAUCAACUUGUACUCUGUGUGUGCCAGAUAGAAGGUUUGUUGUCACAGGGCUAACUCCAGCUACUGAGUAUCAUUUCAAAAUUGUCUCCUUUAAUGGUACAAAAGAGUUUGGUCCAUGGGAAGCUCGAAUUUCAACAGCCUGUAGUGGGGAUGAAGUCCCAAGCUGCCCAGUGAUGGAAAGAAGUCAAAGCCCAGUGACUAACUGUAGCAGCCUUUCUAAUCCAUCUUCGGUGGAGGAUGAAACUAAUAACAUUACUCCAUACAGUGAUCAGAACGAUGACCGAGCAGACAAUUAUGUUACAUAUUGCAAGGACACUGAUAAAAUUGUUUCCACGAAUCUCUCUAAAGGUGCUCUCAACUGCACUGUCCUGGGUGAAGAUGGAGUUCCAGCAGAUGCAGUUUCCCUGUUGGGUGGGGAACGUGCCAUGGAGAUAGUUCGACCUAUGCCUGAUUCUGUUGUCCUAAAUGUUGAGAAAAAGCACACAUCAGAAGACCCAAUUACUGAGGAGACAAGCACGGAUGAUGGCUCUGAUGCCCCAGUUCAGACUGGUACUGAGUGUGUGCCAUUUCUUGGUUGCUCAGAAGCUGGCUUGCCGAUUACUCCCUGCAGGAUGGAAAUAAUUAAAGAUGGACCAGGAAGGAGUGGGAGAUCUAAGUCCAGCAACAAGGACCUGGAGAAUGGUGUUGGGAAAGGAGAAGAACCCCAAGAUGGCAGCACCUCAAAGAAGAGAAGUGGGGAGAGGCGGGAUGAGGAAUGUGUGGAAAAUGGUCUCUCAGAUACGGAUUUUGAGCAUUGCGUGAAGGUGAUCAGAUGGUUAGAGUGUAAGGGACAUAUUGAGAAAAACUUUAGGCAGAAAUUCCUCACCUGGUACAGCUUGCGGGCAACCCCACAGGAGGUAAGGAUUGUGAAGGUCUUUGUUGAUAUCUUCAUUACAGAUCCAGCAUCUCUUGCAGAGCAGCUUGUGGACACAUUUUCUGAUUGUAUCUCAAGCAAAAAAUCAUCUGUCGUGCCUGCUGGCUUCUGCAUGAAGCUUUGGCACUGACAUCCAUGGGUCCUCCUGAGAUCAAGUAGUUUUUGAGUGCAAACCUGCUCAGGGUUUGUGUUAGUAUAAUUCUUUAGACCCAUAACAUUCUUCAUUUAGACUGUCAACCAACCAUGAUUUAUAUUUACGAUUAGCUUUUGUCAUUCUUAUGAUUAUGUAAGAAUGCCAGAAUUCUCAUCCUUUUAUAGAACGGUCCAUGGCUUAUGGUGUUUCGGUUUC